UCCUAAUGAUGCCAGUUUUCUGAUUUGUUAGUUUGGUGAGGUUGCCCCUGCCACCGGACGCAAAUGGCGGCGUGCCGAGGGGGUGUCUCCUUUUGGGUGGGGUGUGUCAGGAGCCAUGGCAGCAGGCAACCAGUCAAGAAACAAUGCUGGAGUUUAAGUCAGGUUCUUGACUUGAGGUUGAACAGCAUGUGUAGGGCUCUCUGCAGUGCCUCAUGGGCGUUGGCUCCGCCAAACAGUCUGCGCUACCAGAGCGUCAAACUGCCAUCACUUACACACCCCUUGUACAAAGCCUGCCAGACACACCAAGUGCCCAACCUGGAUGAGGAGUGGGAGGAGAGCCUCAGCCUGUACGUGCUGCUGAAACAGGGGGAGUCCGAGGACCAGCGUACCCUGGUUGAGGUGCCUCUGUUAGGGCAGGCCAAACUGAGAGAGUUCCUGGCUUUGGGUCCCAGCAGAUCUGUCGACUUUCUUUUCCCUUUAACCACGGUGGACGGAAGACGAGAGGACGACAUAAGCGUCACGGGGAAGAUGGCGAUGGAGGAAAAGACGGAGGCGGAGACCGGAGAGAGAAGUUCGUUCAGGAGUCUCUUCGAGACGGAGAGAUGCCCCGCCCCUUUCACGCUGGGAUCUCAUUUCUACUGUUUUCAUUGUCCGGGAAUGGAGCCUCUCCCUCAGAGCGGAGGUAAAGAGAGGCUGAGAAUGGAACUGAAAUUACAGGCCUCGUACUCCUCUUCUCCAUUCUCAGUUGCUCACUGCAGCUACUCUGAGUCUGAAAGAGUGGAUGGGAACAGCGAGAGAGACAUGGAGAAUGAGGAGAAACUUGCCCUAAUGCAUGAGAAGUUAAGGGUUGAGCUUCCUAGUUUCUUUGUGAAAAACCAUGACUACACCAUAUACUCCAAUGAUGUUGAGUUUAUUAAUGGACUUCUCAACACUAAGACAAGAGGUCGCGUGGUGUACCAGCUGACCCUGUCACUAUGGCGAUUUCUGUGUCUGUGUUACUAUGCGGAGGCAAAGAUGGAGGUGCUGAAGUUGACUAAACAUCCAGAGGACGGGUCAAUUAAAGCACGCUGGAGGGUGAAGGGACUGCCUUUCCACCUGCUGUUGCUUCGCUUCUACAGGAAAGACAAGAGCCACUUGUAUAGGACAUAUGAUGCAUUCUCUACCUUCUACGUGGGUUCUGAUGGGCUCAUACACUGUCAUAAAGUUGAAAAGGUUAUGCAGGCCCGCCCUCCAGUACUGCCCAGAGUGACCUCUUUGCUGUCGGGGGCUCUGGUGGCUCUUGGGAUCCAGGAGCACCGGCCAGCCCUCAACCUGCUGCCCUUCCUCCUGUCUUCUCUCCGACAGGGCAGAGACUGACGGGGACAGGGGAGUGCGUGUGUGUGUAUGUGGAAUGUGCAUGUGAAUGCAGAUGGAGAGACUGACUAAAGUAGAGAGGUUGUAAGCUGAGACUCAGAACUGACUGUGACGGAGUGAUGAAGAAGGAAUGAGAAUUGUCGUUGUAUGGAGUGACUGAAAUGUCAGUGAACAAGAAUAGGAACAAUAUAUUUUGCAUUUGACGAGCAUUAUCACUUGAAAACGAUGCAUCUGUUUCUUAAUUUUGUUUGCUGUCAUUGAAAUAUUGAAAAAAAAAAUGUGUUCUUACUGAUACGGCUGUGUAGUCAA